AUGAGCAGUUCAUUCCAUUUUGGCAGCGAGAGCAUCGUGUGUGAUAAUCUCCCCUUCCCCUAUUACCGAUCCCCCCUGGAAAAAAAAUCGGAGUCGCGAAGACGAAAGAGGCAGAAUAGGCGGAACCUCCGGAAAGAAGGGGCACGCACUCGUUCGAACCGAGUGUCUGCUAUCCUUCUUCCGUUUGACAUAUGGGUCAGUAUUGCAUCGAGAAUUGCGUCCACUUCAAUUCAGGAUCUGUUUAACAUGCAGGUGAGUUGCAGGUUAUUUGCAGCUAUAUGCAGUUCUGACGCUGUGUACAGGCAUGCCUUGGUAUCGGAUUUGCCCAUUGCUUGCUUCCUGUACUACUUUGGGCGGCCUACAAUGAGAUUUCUGCAUCAAUGCGCCACAGCGCAGAAUCUGGCUGCUCUGCUCUGGGUCGGGAUGACUGCUUUAUUCUGGCUUGGCCACCACAGACGUGGUAUAGAGACCCUUAUCGAGGCAGCAGAGGUGGGCAAUCUGGAGGCCUGCUAUGUCUCUGCGAUGCUGCUACUGUCGCUUGAUGACAAGGACGAGGAUGACAUCCGCCGUGGAUUUGAAUUUUUUUGUGUGGUCCGUGCGUCCGGGACAGUUGAAAGGUGCAGAGAGGUCUUCACGCAGGUGUUCACGGUCCCGUGGACGGAGAUGAACCUGGCGGACCCAAUAGAGCCCGUAGCAUGCCAUUCUGGCAAUUGCCUUACCCAUGGAACCAUGGAUGUUGCAAGCAAUUUGUCCAGUGUGUCGUGUGUGCAAUGCCUGGCCAAAUACGAUGUGUAG